ACCCCCACAGUGGAGCGAAGAAGACCCUCUCUCUGAGCCGAAAGUGACGAACCAAUGAAAAACAACAACACCAACAACAAAACCGUAUGAGUACCAAAGCAAAAACAAGAAAAGCAAACCAAAAACACUGAGCAAAAGCAUAAAAAAAAAAAAAUUUACUGCCUCGCUUUCCCUUUUCUUCUUCUUCUUCUUCAUCCAGCUCAAAGUCUUCACCUUUCAGCUUCCAAAACUCAAACCACACACGCAUCAACCAUGCUGCUCCCAACCCAUUAGACCCCAGAAGAUGUCUGGGAGAUUAGAUAUGGAAACCAUCGAGAUCGGUGAGACGGUGACGUUUCCUCUGGUUCUUAGGCCGUAGUAGAGAGAUCGCUUUGUCCCAGCUGGGGAAGACGACUCGUUUCACUAACUGAGUCAAUUUAGUAACUCGUGUUUCGUUUCAAACGUUUUGGUUUUGGUUUUGGUUUUGGGAAUCAGAUCGGUUGUGUUUGCUGAUCUCGAAGGAUUUGUAUAGCUUCUUUGUGUUUGGUGCUGUCCUUUGGGUUUAAAGAAAACGAGGACAACUCCGUUCCAGCUAAGGAUAUUGCUGUUCCUUGUCGGUUUUAUCUCCAUACUCGAAAAAGAUAUUUGUUUUUGAAUAUUUAGGCACCAAGGUCUGCAAGUUUGUACAUUUGGGUAGAGACCCAGUUGCCAUUCUGGUCUGUUUUGGUGCUCUGAAGCUUUGAAAGGUGCUUGAAGCUGUGGUUUCAGCAAGAGAAGCCAUCUGGGUUUGGUGUAUUUUUUGUGGGUAGCAAGUGAUUUUGAGCUGAACAUUGGAAAUGGCUAUGUCCUGCAAGGAUGGUAAGGGAGGAUUAGAUAAUGGCAAGUAUGUGAGGUACACACCUGAGCAGGUUGAGGCCCUUGAAAGGCUCUAUCAUGAAUGCCCCAAACCCAGUUCGAUUCGUCGCCAACAGCUUAUUAGGGAGUGCCCAAUUCUCUCUAACAUCGAGCCCAAACAAAUUAAGGUUUGGUUCCAGAAUAGAAGAUGUAGAGAGAAGCAGCGGAAAGAGGCUUCGCGCCUCCAAGCUGUCAAUAGGAAGCUCACUGCUAUGAAUAAGCUUUUAAUGGAGGAAAAUGAUAGGUUGCAGAAGCAGGUGUCUCAUCUGGUGUAUGAAAAUGGUUAUUUCCGUCAGCAUACCCAGGGGACAACGCUUGCAACCAAAGACACGAGUUGUGAGUCAGUGGUGACGAGUGGUCAACACCAUUUGACACCUCAGCAUCCGCCAAGGGAUGCAAGUCCUGCAGGACUUUUGUCCAUUGCAGAAGAAACUUUAGCAGAGUUUCUUUCAAAGGCUACUGGAACUGCUGUUGAGUGGGUCCAAAUGCCUGGAAUGAAGCCUGGUCCGGAUUCCAUUGGAAUCGUUGCUAUUUCUCAUGGUUGCACUGGAGUGGCAGCACGAGCUUGCGGCCUGGUGGGUCUAGAGCCUACCAGGGUUGCAGAGAUCCUCAAAGAUCUCCCUUCGUGGCUGCGUGAUUGCCGCGCUGUAGAUGUUUUGAAUGUACUGCCUACAGCAAACGGUGGAACCAUUGAGUUGCUCUACAUGCAGCUCUAUGCGCCGACAACUUUGGCGCCUGCAUGUGAUUUCUGGCUGUUGCGCUAUACUUCUGUUUUAGAGGAUGGCAGCCUUGUGAUUUGUGUGAGGUCUCUGAAAAACACUCAAAAUGGUCCAACCAUGCCUCCAGUGCAGCAUUUUGUUAGAGCAGAAAUGCUGCCUAGUGGCUACCUCAUACGACCCUGUGAAGGGGGUGGUUCAAUUAUACAUAUCGUUGACCAUAUGGAUUUGGAGCCUUGUAGCGUACCAGAAGUCUUGCGCCCAUUGUAUGAAUCAUCUGCUGUUCUUGCUCAAAAGAUGACAAUGGCGGCUUUACGCCAGCUGAGGCAGAUAGCACAUGAGGUUUCUCAAUCUAAUGUCACAGGGUGGGGCAGACGUCCUGCAGCUUUACGAGCACUAAGCCAGAGGCUUAGUAGGGGUUUUAAUGAGGCACUUAAUGGAUUUACUGAUGAGGGGUGGUCAAUGAUGGGAAAUGAUGGCAUGGAUGAUGUUACUAUCCUCAUAAACUCAUCUCCUGACAAGUUAAUGGGUUUAAAUCUUUCCUUUGCUAAUGGAUUUCCAGCUGUCAGUAAUUCUGUAUUAUGUGCUAAAGCAUCAAUGCUGCUACAGAAUGUGCCUCCUGCUAUCCUUCUUAGGUUCCUGCGCGAGCAUAGAUCAGAAUGGGCAGACAACAAUAUUGAUGCUUACUCAGCUGCAGCUGUUAAAGUUGGCCCUUGUAGCUUAGCUGGGUCACGAGUUGGAAGUUUCGGAGGUCAAGUUAUACUCCCCCUGGCUCACACUAUUGAACAUGAAGAGUUCUUGGAAGUCAUUAAACUGGAAGGUGUUGGCCAUUCUCCUGAAGAUGCAAUGAUGCCAAGAGAAAUGUUUCUCUUGCAACUAUGCAGUGGAAUGGACGAAAAUGCUGUGGGUUCCUGUGCUGAACUCAUAUUUGCUCCGAUUGAUGCUUCCUUUGCUGAUGAUGCACCUCUUCUGCCUUCUGGUUUUCGCAUCAUUCCUCUCGAUUAUGGGAAGGAAGCCUCGAGUCCAAACCGCACCUUGGACCUUGCUUCUGCUCUUGAAAUUGGACCAACUGGAAAUAAAGCAUCGAGUGAAUUUUCUGCAAAUACUGGUUGUGUGAGAUCUGUGAUGACUAUAGCAUUUGAAUUUGCAUGCGAGAGCCACAUGCAAGAACAUGUAGCAUCCAUGGCCCGGCAAUAUGUUCGCAGCAUCAUAUCUUCAGUUCAGAGGGUGGCAUUAGCACUAUCUCCUUCACAUUUAAGUUCACAUGCUGGUCUUCGGUCACCACUUGGUACUCCUGAAGCCCAAACGCUUGCUCGUUGGAUCUGCAACAGUUACAGGUGCUAUUUGGGUGUGGAGCUGCUCAAAUCCUCCAAUGAAGGAGGUGAAUCUAUCCUCAAAUCCUUGUGGCAUCACUCAGAUGCAAUUAUGUGCUGCUCUCUGAAGGCAUUGCCAGUUUUUACCUUUGCAAACCAGGCAGGGCUCGACAUGCUAGAGACCACCUUGGUUGCACUGCAAGACAUAACUCUGGAAAAGAUAUUUGAUGACCAUGGACGGAAGACUCUCUGCUCAGAAUUCCCGCAAAUAAUGCAACAGGGUUUUGCUUGCCUUCAAGGUGGCAUAUGCCUUUCCAGCAUGGGGCGACCGGUGUCGUAUGAGAGAGCAGUCGCUUGGAAAGUGUUGAAUGAAGAGGAGACAGCUCACUGCAUGUGUUUUCUAUUUGUAAACUGGUCUUUCGUCUGAUAUCGGGACCGGGUCACUAAGACUAGGGGGGGUUAUAAUAGGGUUGAAUAGAGGAGACUUGGAAACCUUUUAUGCUUAAAACUCUCUCUUAUCUAUGUUUUGCUGUGAUAAAUACUAUGGAUGUUAAGACUGA